AUGAAUAACAUGAAGGCUUUCGUUGAAAAGUUCAGAAAGUCAAAUGAUAAUUUAAAAAAAGAUGAUGAACUUUACGUCGAAAGAAAACAAUUAAAUUCACUCCACAAUUACUUUUCUCACUCCUUGUUAUAUCUAGAAAGAUUAGAAAGUGUUAUAAAAAACAUAAAUAUAAUGAUAAGUGAUUUGAACAGAAGUCUAAUGUCCUUUUUUGAAAAUGAUGUAAAUCUAGAAAUAAUUAAACAUGUAUCUUAUAUAUUGAACACAUUUAGUGAUGUAAGGGAACAAAUUACGACCCAUAUAGCUAAUUCUAAAAUGGCUGCUAAUAAUACACUUGAAAAAAUUAAGACAUUACAAAAUUUAUUGUCGCGAAAAAAAAAUUUAGGUGCAUCAAUAGAACAUUAUGAAAAGAAAAUUAGAAAAUUACAGCUAGUUACUACAUCGAAUCAAAAACAUUUAGAUAAAGUUAUUAGAAAUGAAGCAAAAUUAAAUAUGGUUAAAAAUGAUUAUCUGAAAUAUCAUGAUGCCAUUAAAAAAGGUUUUGAAGUUAUACUAGAAAAUAAAACAAAUAAAGUUUUAUUUGAUGCUAGAAAAGACCUGGAAAUUUUGUUAUGUUAUUUUUCUCUUAUGAAUUCUGUGUCCCUCAGAUUGAAGGACCCCCUGAAGGAGCUGAAAUUCAAAUACCUUGAUGCAAAGAAACCAAAACUUCCAAUCGAUUACAACUUCUUUUUGGAAGAAGAAGAUGACAUGAAUAUAUUUAAAGAAAAGAAAGCAUACAGUCACACAAAUAGUAUGCACAGUAUGCAAAGUAUACAAAUGAGUAGUGGUCAAAGCAGAGAUUAUAACUACAAUACUAGUAGUGCUACUAGCAUUAAUCCGUUCACUCGUAACACCACUUCAAGUAUAGAAAACAAAAUUCCCAAGAAAACAGUAAGUUAUGGAGAAAUAACUGAAUCUGAUGCUAAAAAGGAAUCCAUUUUUUAUAAUAUUAAAAGUAUUCUAGGGGUUAAUGAUAAAUCGUCGCCAGCAGAAUCUACAAAGGCAAAAAGUUAUUCCAUUCAGAAUAUUGCCCCUGCAUUUCCACAGUAA